AUGUCAUUUGGCAAGCAAAUCGUCACUCUCCCCGUUGCCGACGACAGUGACGGCACGGGCAUCGCUCCGCCUGCAUCCAAAGGACUGACGCGCAAUGACGCGCAUUUCCUGGACAAGAUUGCGGAGCGAUGGGCCAAGGAAGAAGGCCGCACACAAUCCGGCAUCGUUUACAGACUGGAACGCUUGCCUACCGGAUACGGCGGUUACGAAAAGGGUCGAGAGGGAAGUAAGCACGUUGAUCGAUACAUCUACGGCCAUCCAAACGGACAUUUCCGAUCUAUCAAUGAGCUGUGGCCACACUUCAAACAGCUGCAGGAAAUGGGCGGCACUGUGGGAUGUGAAUGCGUGCUGUGCGCGGGAAAGAAAAAGAAGGCUCCCAGCACUAACAGCAACAGCAUUGCUAGCUCUAGUCCGGCUGGUCGGUCCAAGUACUUCCCUGCGAAAGCGCCUGCAGCUGCUCCAAACGCUUUCAAGCCGAGUCUGUCACAAGGUCGUCUCAAUUCCAGCUCCUCUGCUGAGCAGCGCCAAAAGCAGGUGGACGAUGAAGGCACUCCAGACCUCUAUCGAAAGUUCUUGGAUGACUUGAAGUCGAAACGAGAAGCUAACGAAGUGAUCAACAUUGACAUCCGCGACAAGCUCUCGCCGGACUGGAGAGCGGGUCAUGAGAUGCUCCAGAAUGUACUCACGGAGUGGCAGGAUCUGCCCGGAUACGUACCACGAAUUGGCGAAGUCGUUCUCUUUGCCCGCAACGUUAUGGAGGAGCGUAUAAUGUGGGAUGCUGGUGAACGAGUCUAUCGCCGCAUCAGCUCCAACGCGAAACCAGAUGCACCAAAGUGGGAGGCUGGAGUUGUAACACAGGUGCCGUUGGACUCUGUCGGUGUCGAUGAUCUCAACUACAUUCCACAAGGCAAGCGGAACGUCACCUACUCGGGCUUUCGGGUUGAGCCACUACAACCAUCUUCAGACACUCGGCCGAUGACACUGUCGCACAGAUACGUGCCACUCCAUGCUAUGCGCCCAUUCUGUUUCUUGAAAGAGUGCCUCCCUAACACGGAGGUACCUGAUCUGCAUCCUAGCAUACGCCAUGCCCUUACGGUGGCCAACAGUUUCUGCCUUGUUGGUCGCUAUGCUUUCAAGGGCGCCUGGCCAGAGGCUACCGUCUUCGUCCGGGCUGUCUAUCUGGGAGCUGAGUCAAUCAUGGUCGGAGACGCUGUCCGUAUCUUGCCUCUCAGCCCAGACGCGACAGCGGUGACGGAUAUUAUGAUUAUCACGUCAAUUCGAUUACGGUUCGUCAACCUCGAAGAAGCAGGAGAUGAUGACUUGGACGACGAACAACCUUACAACACGGCGUUGCAUGUCGCUGGUAAAGCAUUUACACUCGAUCCGAAACGGAGCUAUAGCGGCAUCGCCAAAUCACCAGUGACUCCCAGUGAGCAUGGACUGCCAAAGAGUCUAGCAGCAUAUGGGCAAUUCUUCCAUAUUCUCGAUCCCGCGGAGGAGAAGCAGCGCCUGGAGUUGCCGUUCCAGCGUAUCUUAGGCCGAUGUUUCGAAGAUGUUGCUACGAAGGCCUGGUCCGCUGGUGCUGGGGACAAGCCAUCGAACUCAUCGCCUCCGAAGGUCGACAUCUCCACAGGUCUGGCAGCAAUGCAGAAAGCUCGCGCGUACAGCAUGCAAAAUGAUCCACGCAUUGAAAAGGCGGCUGGUAAGAGCUGGUUUUGGGCCGAGACACGCUUUGAGCAAUUAGACCUGCACGAAGUGAACGGCAAGUUUGUAGGAGUGAAAGACGAAUCACGGUCGAAGAAGCAGAUGCACGCCUGGCGGCAGGCACUCAAAGUGCUCGAUGGGAAACGAGGAGGAUUGGAGGAGUACCAUGCGGCACGUAAGCAACGCGAGGAGGAGGAGAAGCAAGAGAGUGCGCAGGCUGCUUCGAGCUCGUGGGGCCUGAUGGCGGCCAAUGUUGACAGUGCGACGGAUGCCGAGAAAGAGGUCGAUGAGGGAGCUCAAGAAGCUGAAGAGAUCAAUGAAGAAGGCCAGGAUGGAGAACCCCAAGAAACUGAAGGCGCCAUGGAAGUUGAUACGGAGAGCAGCGCAAUGCCGAACGCAAGCACCGAAAUAGUGAUCGAUAUUGCCGACGACGAUGACGAUGAUGACGAUGACGAUGACGACGAUAUCAUGGAACUGUGA